UGGAACAGCUUUGACUUGCAGAACAAAUCAUAUCGCGCUUACAACAUUUUCUCCGGUUUCGUUUCGACUGUGAUAUUUAUACACGUGGCGACUCAAAUAGCCGAUCUGUCUUACACGUGGGGAGACUUAGAAAGUUUUUCAGCUACCGGAAGUACAACUCUGACAUACGGAGCGGCUUUGGUUAAACAGCUUUGUUAUCUGGCGAACCGUAAACGAAUAUAUCGUAUGGUCCACAGGCUGCGUGACGGAAGAUUGUCUCCUCCUUCUAAAUGGUCAGAAGAACAGAAAAAUAUCGCAAACACUUACGACCGGCACGCGAGGACGAUGAGUUGGUGUUACUACAGUCUUGGAAUUGGCUGUCUAUUCUGUUUUGCCAUGACAGCGAUCGUUAGCAACAGCAUUCAGACGUUUGACGACGUUAAUUCUACGGAAACAUCUUCAAGAAAAUUACCCUACAGAGCAGUGUUUCCCUUCGAUAUUGAACAAACAGGAUAUUAUGGAAUAGCUUUCAGUUUUCAGAUGUUGGUAAUAGUAUUCGGGCCAACUGUGAAUAUCGGUCUCGACACCAUGUUUGUUGGCCUCGUAAUUCAUGCCAGUGGCCAGUUUAAAAUCCUCAAGAACGCUCUGAGGAAUAUUAAACAAAGAACGAUAAAAAUUAUUGAAAUUGAAGGAAUUGUAGAGGAGGAACCACGUGAUAAAACACACCUAACUGUACCAAAUUACAACUGGGAAGAAGAUACAUUCUUCUUGGAGACUUUACAACAGCAAAUGUUAAGAGAGCUUAACCGUUGUCUCCAACAUCAUCAAAAAAUUCUCAUGUUUAUUUCGGAGCUAGAAGACGUUUUCAGUCCCAUGAUGUUUGCCCAGUUUGUCAGCAGUUCUGGAACUCUGUGCCUCAUCAUAUUCCAGAUCACAGUGGUGAGUAAAAUCUGUUAAAAUCUAAGCUCUAAAAAAAAACACCUUUCCGAAUCAUAACAUCACAGACAAACAUUUUCCACCGCCGGUCUACAUACAUCGACAGAAAUCUAUCAACUACACAUUAAACAUUUAAUUUGGAUGAAGUAAUUGCAGAUUAUUUAACGACGUUGUGUGGAGUGCACUGAUUAAUGACCUCCUAAAGCGAAACUGU